AUGGAAGAAACCUACAUCGAUUCCCUGGACCCCGAAAAACUAAUACAAUGCCCCUAUGAUAAAAAUCACCAGAUCAGGGCCUGCAGGUUUCCUUAUCAUCUUAUCAAGUGCAGAAAGAAUCAUCCUGAUGUUGCAAAUAAAUUGGCUACUUGUCCCUUCAACGCCCGCCACCAAGUUCCUCGGGCUGAAAUAAGUCAUCAUAUCUCAAGCUGUGAUGACAAAAGUUGUAUUGAGCAGGAUAUUGUGAACCAAACUAGGAACAUGGGACAAGAGACUCUGGCUGAAAGCACAUGGCAGUGCCCACCUUGCGAUGAAGACUGGGAUAAAGAUUUGUGGGAACAGACCAGCACUCCAUUUGUCUGGGGCACAGCCAACUACUGUGGAAAUAACAGCCAUGCAAGCAACAUAUUUAUGGAACAUAAGAGUAACCUGGCUUCAGGCAUGCGCGUUCCCAAGUCUCUGCCAUAUGUUCUGCCAUGGAAAAAAAAUGGAAAUGCACAGUAA